AAAAAAAAAAAAAAAAAGAAAAGAAAAGAAAAGGAAAUGCUCCUCCCACGCCGCAAACUCAAACGUCUUCUAUUAACAAUGCUCCUCCCCUUCCUCCUAACCCUAACGCUCCUAACGCCCUUCUACCUAAUCUAUAAACCGCCGUCGCUACUAAUCCGCUACUUCCAACACCGCUGGCCCGACACUCUCUGGCACGUACCCCUCCCCAGCAACCGGAAACUCAUCGCCCUAACAAUCGACGACGCGCCGUCUGUCCACACCCCCGAACUCCGCUCCGUGCUGGCCGACAACGCCGCUAGGGCGACUUUCUUCCUUAUCGGAUCGCAGAUUCCCGGUCGGGAGGGUGAAUUGCAUGAGCUUGUGCGGCAGGGACAUGAGUUGGGGAAUCAUGCGAUGCGGGAUGAGCCAAGUCGGAGUCUUAGUGAUGAGGAGCUUCGGGAGCAGGUGCGGGUUGUGCAGGAUCGCAUUCGCGCGGCGUAUUCGGCGGUUGGGGGGCGGGAGCCCCGCGAGAGGUGGUUUCGGCCUGGGAGUGGGUUCUUCAGUGAGCGUAUGCGGGGGGUGUUGAAGCAGUUGGGGUUUAAGAUUGUGUUGGGGAGUGUGUAUCCGCAUGAUGCGCAGGUGAAGUGGUGGUGGGUGAAUGCGAGGCAUAUCUUGAGUAUGGUUCGGCCUGGGAGUAUUGUUAUUUGUCAUGAUCGGCGGGAGUGGACGGUGCCUAUGUUGAAGGUUGUUCUGCCGGAGUUGAAAAGGAGGGGGUAUGAGAUUGUGACGGUCUCUGAAUUGGUUAGGGCUGGGGUCGAGGCUGGGACAUUUUCUGGAACGUGAUGGUUUUAUAUGCUCAGUGUUUUUGUUUUUGGUUCGCUGAAGCGUUUUGUUUGGGUAUGGUAUAUAUUUUCUUUUCUUUUUGUUGUACAUAUCUUUUGUAGAAUACACUUUUGGCAAAUGGAGACAACAAACAAAUAGUUGAAUCGACAGGCUAUUGAACA